CACUACAUCAUGCACACCAGAAUAGAACACAAAGUGCAAUUGGGAAGACUGGUUCCCAGACACAGUCAGGAGAUGCACUUAUAAGAGGAGUACCUAGUAGAGAAGUGAAAAAGGGGUUCAGGACACCAGUCUCCAUGAUGUCAAAUAUUGGAAUGCGUGGUGACCUCAACUUUCCAGCGGCGGACACGGUACAUAGUGGAUCAGUACGUCAGAGAGAGAUCGUGAUACCAGUCUCCUUUCCUAGUGUGUCAAGUUACAAGCAGAUUAUGACCGAGGCUGUCAAAGAGCAUUUGAACAUCCUCCUCCUCGAGCUCUCCCACCGCUACCACUCCACCAUGGAGAAAGCUGACAUCACGUCUUACACCAAGACCCAUCACGGGGGAAACCCCUCAGAGAGGACCGGUGGUGGAGGGGGGAAUCCCCCAUGCAAGCAUGGCCAACCAGCCAAGAUGGUGUGUGUCAAGAAGGAUGGUCCUAACAAAGGCAGGAUGUUCUACGCCUGCAACAAUCAACGGGAGAAUCAGUGCAAGUUCUUUGUAUGGGCGGAUCAGCAUGCAGCGCAGGCACCACAAACUUCAACUCAACAACCCUCACAGUCCAGAGCUAAGAUUGCUCUUCACAAUGCUGAAAGCAUUGAACAGUUUGCCAGGACCAACCAGGUUCAUCUCUACUGUGAAUGCCAGUUGAGUCGCAGAGGCAGUUUGAAUGAGGGACCCUUGGGAUCAGCACCGGCUUGGAUUAAGAAGUACAGAGCACAGCGAGUGAACAACACCACCAAAAAGAUGUACAUCAAGUUAGACAGAAAAGAACACUCAUCUACCUAUGCCAAAGAUGACCUGUGGAUCAUCACUCAAGAUUUGACCUUUGACCCAUCAAGUUCCUUUGUUGCCAAGAGCAUGUUCCAUGGGCCAUCCUCCACCAGUGAGAUUGAGAUUGAACCGCUGACUGGAUACUCACCCUCAAACUGGUCUACAGACGGUUCAGUGUACGGAAUCUUGGCUUGCAAUGCUAGCUCCGAGUUAACUUGUCUUGGAAACCUACAGGAAUACGUCAACCCCAGAACAUUCCCCAUCCUGCCCCAUCUCAUCAGUUGUGAACCUGAGAGGAACCCAUCUUCCCUGCAUGGACCUGCCUUUGUGAAACCAUCAAGGUCACGUUGCCUCAAUCUCCCAGCAUCGCUCAUCAUUGAGCUAGUUGAAGAUACCAUCAGAUUGUACCACUUGAAUCCAGACCAGUCAUCAGCUUUACAUCAGGUAGCUGGUAUGGUGGGAGGAGACGAUCCACCUGUUACACUCAUUCACGGUGUGUUUGGUGCUGGUAAGAGCUACCUGCUGGCUGUCAUGGUCUUGUUCUUGGUCAAGCUUUUCAAGCUCAGCGAGGAGAGUGAGACCACUGGUCAAGAGGGUGGAUGGAAGGUCCUCAUUGCAUCCACCACCAAUGUAGCGGUAGAUAGGAUUCUCCUUGGACUUCUUGAGCUAGGAUUUGAGGAUUUCAUUCGUGUUGGCAGCCUGAGAAAAAUAGCUAAACCUGUCCUACCAUACAGUGUCCAUGCCUCAGACAAGGAGAACCAAGAGAUGAAAGAGUUACAGGAGAUGUUAAAGGGAGACCUCACCGUCAACGAGAAGCAGUUUGUGAGGAAGAGCAUCGAGAGACACAGGCUCGGAAAGAACAAGGAGAUGCUCUCCCAGGUCAAGGUCAUUGGGGUCACGUGUGCAGCGUGCAGCUUCCCUUGCAUCAAGAAUCUAACCUUCCCUGUUGUGUUGCUUGAUGAAUGCAGUCAGAUGACCGAGCCAUCAUCCCUCCUCCCAAUGGCCCGGUUUGGAUGUGAGAAGCUUGUUCUGGUCGGAGACCCACAUCAGCUCGACCCUACCAUCCAGGGAUCAGAGUCAGCGCACAAGUCAGGACUUGAACAAACCCUCUUUGAUAGACUUUCACUCAUGGGCUAUGAUCCCAUCAUGCUGAGGACACAGUACCGCUGCCAUCCCUGCAUCAGUAGCCUUGCUAACACACUCUUCUAUGAUGGCCAGCUUUUGGAUGGUGUCAUAGAAGAAGACAGACCUCCUUUACUGCCCAACCUCCCAACCCUAUGCUUCUUCAACAUCUCCCACGGUCGUGAGAUGAGUGCGAGGGAUGGUAGCUACUUCAACGACCCCGAGGCAAGCUUUGUGGUGUUCCUGAUCAGCAGCAUGAUGGAGAUGGGGAUUUCCCCUUCCGAUGUAGGGGUCAUUACACUUUACAAGGCUCAAGUCAGCAGGAUCAGGAUGCUGCUACAGACAGCAAGUACCCAGAACAGUAGUGAACUGAAAGCCAUCCAGAUAUCGACAGUAGAUGCUUUCCAAGGAGGGGAGAAGUCCAUCAUCAUCUUGUCUUGUGUCAGGACUCAGAGAGUCGGAUUCAUUGACUCUGACAAACGAACCAAUGUUGCACUGACCAGGUCCAAGAACCAUCUUCUGAUUGUUGGAGGGAUGAAGAUGCUUUCAGAUAACCAGCUCUGGGGAGAGAUCGUCCACAAAUGCCAAGAAAGAUCAGAUGGAAUCCAGGAUUCCAAGGCCUUCCAGAAGCAGUGGGAGGAGAGACUGAGGGAACUGAAACAAGAUGCUGACCUGGAACCGGCAGAGAGACCUAGAAGAACGAGGGGUAAAAGAAGAAAGCUGGAAAGGAGCGAGAGAGAGCAUUCCCCUGCCAUGUCACUGGAUAGCAUUGAUGAAGAUUUUGUAAGCAGUGUAUCACCAAGUGUAUCUGGAAUUAGCAAUGCUUGCAAGCCCGCCGUCUUAGAAAUGGACUGUUCUAAGAACACAUUGCUGCACCCUACAGGAUCACCCAUUUCAUCCAUAGGGUAUGAUGACUUGCCUUGUAUAGAUCUGAGCACCCCGCCUGAAGAUGAGAGACUGAGCAAUGCCAGAUUAAAAAUGGACUGUAUGGCAUCGCCCCGCUCACGAGAAGUUGUAUCUGCAACUAUACCCGUCGCUUUUCAAGUGGACAACACUACAUACUCACCUCAUCCGUAUUCAGAAGGGCAUGACUUGCCCCUAGUUAACCUGGAUACCGUACCAAAAGACAAGGACAUUGGCGAUGCUAAACGGGGCGCAAAUCACGAGGAAUCUUCCGAUUCUGAAGGAGUCGUUUCCCAGGGGAGGAGAGUUCCUGUCGUACAGGAACCCUCAGAAAUGCCAGAUGCCAGUAUCUCCUACUCUCCUCUGGAACACGUGGUAGAUUCAGAUUCAGAAGAGAGCGAUGAGGACCUCCCUAACUUUAACAUUGGGAAUAUCUUAUGAUGAUGCUAGUCUUCUAUGCCAAAAAGGUCAUUACGAAGGUUCAUUGACACAAAGACGUAACUCCAUGUUUUGCCAAAACGAGUAUUUGAUAUCAAAAUGUUCAGAAGAAUGUGGGCUUUCCAGGAAACACAAGACUUAACUCCAC